UCCUCUCUCCUCUCCAUUCCUCCUCGCUUCGACAAACAAAACCCCCCAAAACCCUAGCCUCCGCCGCCCGCCGCCGCCGCCGCCGCGCAACCCCCGAGCUCGAGCGGCGCGAUGAACAUCAAGGGCGGAGGCCGGGUCCCGGUGCCCCCGGCCGGCGCGGGCACGCUCGUCAAGCUGGUGGUGCUCGGCGGCACGGCCGUGUACGCCGCCGUCAACAGCCUCUACAACGUCGAGGGUGGCCACCGCGCCAUCGUCUUCAACCGCAUCCAGGGAAUCAAGGACAAGGUAUACCCUGAGGGGACUCACUUUAUGAUUCCAUGGUUUGAGAGGCCAAUCAUUUAUGAUGUCCGUGCUCGUCCCAAUCUUGUGGAGAGUACUUCUGGAAGCAGGGAUCUCCAGAUGGUGAAAAUUGGUCUCCGUGUCCUUACAAGGCCCAUGCCAGAGAAGCUACCAACUAUCUACAGGACUCUGGGGGAGAACUUCAAUGAGAGAGUUUUGCCUUCAAUUAUCCAUGAAACACUUAAAGCUGUUGUCGCACAAUACAAUGCGAGUCAGCUAAUCACACAGAGAGAGACCGUGAGUAGGGAGAUAAGAAAGAUACUGACUGAGAGGGCCAGGAAUUUUAAUAUUGCCCUUGAUGAUGUGUCCAUCACAAGCCUGAGCUUCGGAAAGGAGUUCACUCAUGCUAUUGAAGCCAAACAGGUUGCUGCACAAGAAGCUGAGCGUGCUAAGUUCAUUGUUGAGAAAGCUGAGCAAGACAAGAGGAGUGCGAUUAUCAGGGCACAGGGUGAAGCUAAAAGUGCUGAGCUGAUUGGUCAAGCCAUUGCAAACAACCCUGCUUUCCUUGCCCUCAGGCAGAUCGAAGCUGCCAGGGAGAUCUCUCAUACGAUGUCAUCUUCAGCUAACAAGGUGUUCCUGGACUCCAAUGAUCUCUUGCUCAAUCUCCAGCAGCUCACCGUGGCAAACAAGUCGAAGAAAUGAAGUCAUUCUCGCACCAUGUUCUAGGUUAUUAGCAGAUGUCAGUCUACCAGACAAUGUGAGGAACACUUGGUCCUCUCUGUAGUUGCACUAGUGAUCAUCUGUGAUACAGAACUCGACGAGUGACUCAACUUUUGGCAACCGGCAAUCUUUUUGCAAAUUGCAGCUAAACUUUGCAGGCUACAUUUUGACUCUGCUAGUCCUUGAGGAAGUUCAAUAAGGAAUACCAUUCUGUUUUAAGGUUCUCAAUCUGUGAUUGCGAUGAUGGAUUAAGAAACUGUUAGAUCUAUUGAUCAAUCUGGUAGGUCCCCUACUGGUAUGUUUAUCUGA